AUGUCAAACAAAUCUUUCACUCAUUUCCCCACACUAGCCACGCAGAAAGAGGCCACCCGAAACACGGAGAAAUACUGCAAAUCACUGGAUGACCUGCAGAGAGAAUUCUGCCACCCUGACACCGCACUGCAGGAGCUGCAAUUGGAACUGAUUGCUCUUCAGUCCGACUCUGCCUUCAAGGAGAACUUCAAGUCCCUUAAACUGAAUGACUUUUACGCUUCACUUAACAAAGCCACGUUCCCAAACCUGCGGAGAUUGGCACAGGAGAUGCUGGUGUUGUUUGGCUCAACCUGCGUGUGUGAGCAGACGUUCAGCGUCAUGAACAUCAACAAAGCUCGUCACAGAUCCAAGUUAACGGACCAACAUCUCAGAUCUAUCUUGAGAAUUGCCACAACGAAACUAGCCCCGGACUUUGAUGCACUGGCUAAGAAGGGAGACCAACAACACUGUUCCCACUGA